CCCCAACUGCCUCUUCCUCUACUACUACCGUCCCUUCCGCAAGUCACCGACACUGGCCCUUUCUCUUGUCCUCUUUUGUCGUCGUAUUGCUCCCCGCUCUUGGCACCCGGCCCCAUCUCUCAGGUCCCUCACUCUUGCCGUGAGAGUUUCAAAGCGCACCACCCAUCUUGGCUGGCAAGGCAGGAGCGGGUAUCGCCUUGUCCCGACCGUGGGAAAACACCUUGGCUCCACCUCGGGCGUCGUCCUCACUACCAAACGCACUUGAUUUGCACAAUCACCACAUUCCUUUGAAUCAUCCAUAGACCACUGCGCGACACCGGACGACAUCCAUUGGGCGGCGCCUGGCCCCAUCUCACCUCUGCUCCACUAAGCCUCACACGACUCAUCCUUUGCGUGCCAUGGAGAUCUCUCAAGCAGACCUCCUAGGCAGCUCUACGCGUCGACCGGCCGCUUCAGGCUCGAGCAGUGGCGAUCCCACCCCAGCCUCUUCUUCCCCUCUUCCUUCUCGGUCUACCUCCAUCAAGCGCCGCAAAGCGCCAGCUUCGGGAUUAGAGGCCGGCUCAUCCGCUUCAGCCUCCCAUAGCCACGCACAGUCCGCCAGCUCCACCACUGGCUUGGCAUCCGGUCUGCGUACCACCGCCUCGCGUCCUAGUCGUGUUGGUAGAGAUCGUACGAGCACAGGUGGAAACAGCUCGGGGCGGAGAACCAAGGAUCGUCAUGCCCUCGCCCUAGAAUCCAUCCGGCACUUUCUCAAGGGACGUAGCAGCUAUGACAUGCUCCCAGUCAGCUUCAGACUCAUCGUACUAGACACUCAGCUCGUCGUCGGCCCCGCUCUGGAUGUCAUGUGGGGUGCUGGAGUCGUCUCCGCGCCUCUUUGGCACUCCAUCGCAUCUCCUCCUCCCUCCGAGGUUCUACCAAAUGGUCUCGCAAGAUCGAACGCGCAAGAAGAUACAGACAGACCUCUAGAACCCGCAUCUGCUCCUGCUGCCACUACAACCACCUCCGAUCCGUCUGCAUCGGCCACUAACCCGGCUUGGGAAAGAGCCUCGGCUGCUCAGAUCAAAGCGCCAAGCGCAAGCCGCUCAAAGCCUGGUUUUGCGGGGAUGCUGACUGUUAACGAUAUCAUUCACCUGAUCCAGUAUUACUAUCACCAUGCAAGCUAUGACACGGCGAAGAAGGAGGUAGAGACAUUCCGCUUGGAGGGCCUCAGAGAUAUCGAGGCGGCGCUCGCAGUACCUCCGCCCCCUCUGCUGUCUUGUCAUCCUUUGCGGCCCCUCCUCGAAGCAUGUCAGCUGCUGAUGAAGACGCAUGCUCGACGACUUCCUCUUCUAGACUACGAUGAGCAGACUGGCAUCGAGACAGUCGUCAGCGUACUCACACAAUAUCGAAUUCUCAAAUUCAUCGCAAUGAACUGUCGUGAGACGGCAUCUCUCCAUAGAUCUAUCCGGUCUCUCGGAGUUGGCACAUUCAUAGCAUCUUACAAGCCACGACCUACGCCAGGCUCGCGGCGCGGAAGUGAGAGGAGCGACAGUGCGAUGUCAGGGGUCGCCUCUGCUGCUCCUUCGUCGGCUGCGCUGGCUGAGGAGAUCCCUCCGGUACCGCCAUUGCCCCAUGGCUUGGAUGAAUCCUCUAGGGAUCCGCGCGCUCAGACACGGGAUGCAACGGGCAGUCACAGUCGAUCGAACAGCCAGGAGCAAACACCCAAGCAAGAGCUCACAGAUCAAUUUUUUAACCUCACUCCCUUUGCCGAAGGUGCUCCAUCGACGCCGUCUGCAGCCGAUACGCCUUCUGUUGGCCUCACGCCAGAUCCUGCUUCGGGUGUAGCAGAUACGUCUACAACGGCUAGUACCAGCGGGAGGGGAAAUCGCACUAUACCCACACCCACUGCUCCGCCUUCCAGCGCUGCAACGAACCCGUAUCAUCCCAUCUACACUGCGACACUAGACACGACAGUCUUUGAUGUCGUCCACAUGUUUUCCGAAAGGGGCAUCUCAGCGGUUCCUAUUGUUGAUGAGGAAGGCAAUGUCGUAGAUAUGUAUGAGACGGUCGAUGUCAUUACCCUCGUGCGCUCCGGUGCCUACCAAGAUCUGGAUCUGACGAUCCGCUCAGCCUUGACUCGUCGCCCUGCGGACUUUCCGGGCGUAUACAGCUGUUCUCCCGAAGAUUCAGUCGCCAACAUCUUUGCUCUGCUUCGAAGACGACGAGUGCAUCGGCUGCUCAUCAUCGAACCUGAGCCGGAGGGAGAAGCUCCAACGCAGGGUCAAUACAAUGCUGCCAAGAGCGGUCUCCCAGAAGAGCCGCUGACCGGACCACCGCGCUCACCUGCUGAGCUAGAGGAGAUGCUAGAGAAGCAAGGCCCACGUGUCAGGACCAAGAGAGGCAAGUUGGUGGGCAUUCUGGCCUUGUCAGAUCUACUGCGUCACAUCAUUGGCAUCCCAUCUGGUCCAGCUGGGGGACGAGCAUCGAUGAGAAGGAGCAGUAGCGAUGCGACUAGCUCAGUAGCUGCUCUUGCAGACGAGGAGCCAUCGGCGCUUUCGAGUGGUCCUGCUUCGCAAGGCUCAAAUGCAGGUGGGGCAACAGGAUCCUUCCCUUUUCCCCAUUCCCAUGCUGCACCAGCUUCUGUAGCACCGAAUCUCUCGCCUGUGCCUGGCACCGGGAAUGAGGAUGCGACCAUCAUGGAGAAUAUCGCCUUGGAGACGCCCAAGGCGCCCCAGACGGAUGGCGGUGGGGAGGAAGUCAAUCCACUGGCGGAAGCUGCUGAAUCCAGCUCAUCGUAGAAGGACAGCUGGUAAGGGGCCUUGGGCAAAUUUUCAUUAGCCUUUACAUCUUCUUGCUCCCUUUAUAGAUUUUGGCGAGAGCCUCCCUUGUCCCCCUCCUGCAUCACAAUGGCAAUCAGCCAGCAUUUCACGCAAAGAAGAAUUCUCAUUACUACAGAAGCUACCACUGCUGGCAAAGUGGACAUGAACGACGGGUAGUGAGAACCGUGCGCACUCGGGGGAAGCGUGCAAGAGCGGAGAUGAUGUGCAUCUUGACCCGCAUCGUACCUCUGACAGUCCUGACAGCAGGCCCUUGACUUGUCACACCAGAUGCCGCUCGUCAUCUUUUUCCCUUGCCAGACCCUGGGGCUGUGCAUCCACCCCCUCGGCCAGCUUCGCAGUGU